CUCCAUUCACUCGGCUUUGCAUUCAAUUGGAUUUGAUUUACAUUUGAUUUACAUUUGCAUUACAUUUGCAUUCACUUGACAUUGACUUCAGCUUUCAUUGCCUUCACUGUCGACCACACUAUGGACUCGACGGACAACGGAUUACAGGAAUGGCUGCUGAAGGAGGACAACGAGUCGAUCACCGAUGACGUGGAGGACAUGCCACAGAUGUUUGGUGGCGAAGUGGGCGCAGACGUAUCGGCGGACACUCGGGCGACGGUCGAGAAGAUGACAGCCGUGUGGCUACAGAUGGGACUCAACACCACAGAAAUGGUGGACCGGAUGAAAGAGAUGCGCGAAAUCCACGCGACGGCCAAUCGGAACGCCCUGAAGACGGAGUCGUCGACACUCCAGAGACUCAUUGAAUACAAUGAGAGGAAACUUCAGGAAAUCAAUAUCAUUCUCGCGGAUCUGACACUCCCGUCGUUUACGGCGCCCACCUUUGUGUCACUGAAACAAACCGGAAGAAUACUGGUCUACAAACACAACGAAUUGGAGGCUCUGAAGAGGGAACGACUGAACCAAUUGACGCAAUUGAAGUCCAAGAGAGACCGACUGCUGAAGAUGAUGGCCGCGAAGGCCAAGGAGUUCAAUACCGCCACUAAUAUUCCCAGCGAUGAAGAGCUCAUGCAUUUGCAGAGCUAUGUCUCGGAUCUGACGAAAGAGCGCUCAAAACGAUUCAAUAAAUACCAGUCUUUGAAGAAAAUCAUUGAAGAGCUGUUCGCAGAACUCGAACGCGAAGUGAAGUCAGACUUCGAGAAACACCUCUUAUUCGACGAAUUGGAAGACUUUGUUCUCUCCGACGAUCACAUGAAGAGAUUGGUGGCACUCCACGCAGAGCUCGAGUCAUGUUAUCAACAAAACAACGAUAAGAGGAAACAGAUGGAGAAGCGAUUGGAAUCGCUAUGGAAUAAACUGGAGGUCACGCAGAGCUAUAGAGAUGCCUUCUAUCGCAACAAAAACGGAUGCAAACCAUCAGUUUUGGCGCUUCUCGAGGAAGAGGUGACUAAAUACGAAGAACUGAAGCGACAAAAUCUGGAACUCUUUGUACGGAAAGUGCGCAAAGAACUCGAGGAAUGGUAUGAUAAGUGCUACACAUCUGAUGAUCUAAGAGACAAAUUCCAGGCGUUUUUGGAUUCGACUGAAUUUACAGAAGAACUGCUCGAAUGUCACGAAAACGAAUUGCAAAGAAUUCAGACACACUUCCAGGAGUGCGAAGAGAUGUUCGAUAAGCUGGAGGAAUGGCAUAACCAUUGGGACAGAUAUAAAGAGCUCGAGAACAAAGCCAAUGAUCCCAAUCGGUUCAACAACAGAGGCGGCGCUCUUUUGGCUGAAGAGCGCGAGAAAAACGCGAUUAAAAAAAAGUUACCAAAAAUUGAAAACAUUUUGAAGAAAUUCAGUGAAGAACGACACCAACAGAAGUCUGAAUACUUCCAAGUGUUUGGUAUUCCUGUGAAGCAGUACUUAGAGAACCAAAAGAUGGAAUACCAGGACCUGAAGGAGAACGAGAAGAAGGAGAGACAACGUCUCAAACAGAUGGAGAAGAAUGGACUCACGAAAGGUCUCAAAUCGACGCCUGUCUGUGGGAUUGUUGUCCGCAAGACUCCCGUUAAGAGAGCCUUCACUCCGCUCUCGGAAGGACCUAACGGUGACUCCAGUAGCAAAGUGCGCCGAAUGGGCGCCCCUUUGACGCCAUCGCGUAUUAAUAAUGACAUAAACAGUCACAACAAGAGACCAGUUGUCGGCCAAAAACCCGUUCCCAGAGCCCGCGCCCGCAAUCUCGAGACACAGAUGAACCACAUGUUGGAAAACAAUAUCGAGACCUCUGUCCUCAGCAUCAAUGAAGACCAGUUUCAGGCGCCGCUCACAGAGAGGGAUAACGCGAACUCCACUUUCAUUAGUUGUUCGCAGAGACCACUAACGCCUGACCGCAGGAAUAUCACCAAAAGGCGUGAAUUCAAAGACAUGCCAAUGACUCGCCGGAUGUCUCGCAGUUGCAACGACUUGUCCGAAGCCAUCACCAAAAAGAUGCAAAUAAGUAAUACCAGACAUUUGGCGACUGCCAGAAGCACACCCUCAUCACCACAACCUAAGAGCUCGUAUGGCAUAACUCCGAGUCGAUUACCGCGUAUAGGAGUUGUACAGCGAAAGCGACCCUUUUUGACACUGACAUUCACUGCAAUCCACACCACUAUGACGUCCACUCCAAGAAGUGCUGCCGAGGAGUCCCUCAACGAGUCGUGGGUGGAAGUGGUUGGCAGUCAGUCGACGGCAACUCCGGUUCAUCUGUUGUCUCGAAGUGGAAUCCACAGCGGAUUCCAUAGUCUGGAGAGACUUCUAUGGGAGGCUCAGAAAGAGAGCAAUCAGUCAUCGGUGGGCGGAAGCGCUCGCAAUUCGCAUAGCAUUAGCCCGAAGAGCGCUCAAAGCCCUGUCUUUCCCAUCGAGUCGUUAUCACCGAACGAAUCCAUAUUCUGCAAAGAGGAAUUGCUUGAGAGGAGCCGACAGUUGAGCACCGAUUGGAUAUGGGAUUGGAGUACAAGAGAUCAGUUGCCAAAGGAGUGGAGUGUGAAUGAGAUGCAGCCGUUGAGGAAGACUCGGCUGAGUUUGCGUCAGUGGGCCAUAAGACGCGGCAUAUUCUCCAAAGAGGUUCUCUCUCUACUACUGCUCACCAAUAUAUUGUCUCUCAUUCUCGGCGCAGGCAUUGGUUACACGAUUCUCGGAUUGUUAGCUCUUCUGAGAAAAUUGAAGUCAACUCCGAAUAGAGAACUAAGAAUUCUUCUUCUGGGUCUCGAUAAUGCAGGAAAGACAACGAUUCUCAAGAAGAUGGCCUCUGAAGACGUGACACAUAUAACUCCGACUCAGGGCUUUAAUAUAAAGAGCGUUCAAUCGGUUGGCUUUAAGCUGAAUGUUUGGGAUAUCGGGGGUAAGGGUCAGAGAAAGAUAAGGCCGUAUUGGCGUAAUUACUUCGACAACACUGACGUUCUGAUUUAUGUCAUCGACAGCGCAGACAAAAAGAGAUUCGAAGAAACAUCAGUGGAAUUAAAUGAAUUGUUGAGUGAAGAGAAACUUAUAGGCGUUCCUAUACUGGUCUACGCCAACAAACAGGAUCUGUUCAAUGCCUCCCCGGCCAGUGAACUGGCGGAGGGCUUGCAUUUGAUGGCCAUAAGAGACAGGACGUGGCAAAUACAGCCCUGUUCUGCCAUUUCGGCCGAAGGACUCAAGGAGGGCUUGGAGUGGGCGUGUAAGAACAUCAAGACUAUCACUAAAUAAAGGUCUCAAUUGUGAACAAUUGAUAACAUCUUUCAAACACAUCUUUAAUUACUAUUUAAUUAUUAAUUAACAAUAAAUUACUAAAUAAAAUGAC